CAUUAUCGAAAAGUAACCAAUAAAUAAAUUUUAAUUCGUGACAACGUCAUGUCCCAGAGAAGGAUAUAAUUAGUUAAAUGGUGUUUUGUGCAGUGCUUUGAACGCACAGUGUUGCUGCUGCUAGCUGAUCGAUAACUGCGAUGGCGUGCGGCAUAUAUUUCAUGGUCAUAAUUUUGAUAGUUUUAAUUUUAAUCUUCGCGUUCUUAAACAAAAAACAAUCUUAUUGGCAAAGGAAAAAUGUUUUUUUCAUUAAACCAUCUAUAUUGUUUGGAAAUUUCUAUCCUGUCCUCACGCUAAAGGUAUUCGUUGGAGAUUGGCUGAAAAAUCUUUACGACCAAGCCAAAAAUCAUGAUUAUUUUGGUAUAUACGUAUUUGCCGAGCCUUACUUAAUACUAAAAUCACCACAAAUCGUAAAAGCAGUCCUUCAGAAGGAUUUCGCACAUUUCGAGAACAGGAUGGUGACUGCACCAGAUAACGAGCCGCUCAUGUCGUAUUUCAUGUUCUUCAUGAAAAGCACUUAUUGGAAGAAGAUUCGUUCAAAGGUCAGUCCCGUGUUCACGUCCGGGAAAUUAAAACUUAUGCAUCCCUUAGUUAAUAAAGAGGCGGAAUCAAUGGUCGACUACUUGAAAAGUAAUUGCAAACCAGGAAGAUCAAUUGAAGUGAAGGAAGUGUGCGCGAAAUACUCCACGGGAGUCAUAGCCAGAUGUGCAUUUGGUGUCGAAGCUAAUUGUUUCGUAAACGAAGAGUCGGAGUUUCGAAGAAUGAGUAGAGCUUUGUUUGAUUUAAGAUUUACCAACACAGUGAGGCAGCUAAUGAGUUGGUUCACGCCCACAAUUGUACGAUUGCUACGCGUAUACCAAGUGGACAACUGGAUUGUGGUCCGAUUGGAAGCCAUUUUAAGGCACGUAAUCUCUGUAAGGGAGCAAGUGGCGAGUCACAAAGUAAUCGAUAUGAUCGAUCUUCUGCUGCAAAUUAAGAGAACGCCUAAUGAAGACGAGGCAUUUACUGACAACAAGCUCUUGGCACAAGCGAUGCAAUUUUUCACCGCUGGAUUUGAAACUGUAUCCAGUACAAUCGCAUUUUUACUAUAUGAACUAGCUAUGAACAAAGACGUCCAAGAUAGACUCAGAAGGGAAAUAGAAGAAAAUAUAGAGCGUCAUGGAAGUAUAACGUACGAAGGAAUAAACGACAUUCAUUAUUUGGAUAUGUGCAUUAAUGAAACUCUACGAAAAUAUCCAGUGCUUCCAUUUUUGGAUAGACGGUGUACCAAUGAUUACACAAUCCCAGGAACUACAACAGUUAUCGAAAAAGGUACACCCGUUAUCAUACCCAUGAUGGGUAUUCACUAUGACGAAAAUUACUAUCCAGAACCUCAAAAGUACGAUCCUCAGCGAUUUGCUGACAAAAGCACCCUCAAUAACGACGGUUACAAUUACUUUCCAUUUGGAGAAGGUCCUCGCAUUUGUAUCGGUGAAAGAUUCGGUUUGCUUGGUGUGAAAUUGGGGAUUAUAAAUCUUUUAUCGAGCUUUGAAGUUCAAAAGAAUAUUGACACGCCUGACCCACUGGAAUUUGAUCCUGGUAGCGUCUUCCUCGUAUCCCGCGUCGGUGUUCCUUUGUUGUUCGAACCGCUCAAUAAGCGAAGCAGUGGUAAAAUGGUUCCAAAGUAAAAAGUCGUUUGUUUAUUUUUAACAGAAUAAUAUACUUUUCUAUCAA